AUGUUUGUCGUCGGAUUCGAUUUCGGUGUUAAGAACUGCACAAUUGCCGUUGCACAAAAGGGAGGCAUCGAUGUUAUUGCCAACGAGGUUUCCAAUCGUCUUACACCAUCACUCGUCUCAUUCGGUGAGAAGGAGAGAUAUCUUGGUGAGCCAGCUCAAACAAACUAUUUGAGAAACAUUAGAAACACAAUUACAAACAUAAAGAGAUAUAUUGGAGUCAACUUCAAGGAUGUGCAGCAGGAGCUGAAGCAGGAGUGCUUCUCAUACCAGGAGCUUCCAAAUGGACAAAUUGGAUUCAAUGUGUCGCUGUGCGGAGAGCAGCGCGAGCUGACUGCCACCGCCGUCGUCGGUAUGCUGCUUGGCAAGCUCAAGCGCACCACAGAGGCCUACGCCAAGGCCCCCCUUAGAGAGGUGGUCAUCUCAGUGCCAGGCUACUGGACCGAGUACCAGCGCCGCGCCCUCCUCAACGCCGGCCAGAUCGCCGGUCUGAACAUCACUCGUCUCAUGAACGAGACCACCGCCACCGCGCUCUCCUACGGCAUCUACAAGGAGUUGCCAGAGGACAACCCCCUCAAGGUGCUGUUCAUCGAUGUUGGAGACGCCUCGACCUCGGUCGCCGCCGUCGCCUACAAGAAGGGUCAGCUGAACGUCAUGGCCACAGCAUUUGAGAAGGAUGUUGGUGGACGCAACUUUGACCAGACUCUGCUCAAGCACUUUGCUGCCGAGUUCAAACAGAACUACAAGAUCGACAUUUACGAGAACAAGAAGGCCAUGAUCCGUACUCUACAGGCCUGCGAGAGGAUGAAGAAGAUGCUUUCGGCGAACUUUGAGGUGCCCAUCUCGAUCGACUCGCUCAUGGAGGAUAAGGACGUCAAGGGCAAGCUGACCCGUGAUCAAUUCGAGGCUCUGGUCGCCUCCGACCUUGAGGCCAUCUUGGCACCAGUCAGAAAGGUGCUCGAGAUCACCGGCAUGUCUGCCGACCAGUUCGCCACCGUCGAGAUCACUGGAGGUGGCACGCGUUCCACCUCUGUCCAGAAGAAGCUGUCUGAGUUCCUUGGCCGCGAGCUCUCCAAGACCAUCAACUCUGAGGAGUCUGUUUGCAGAGGCUGCUCGCUCCAGUGCGCCAUGCUGUCGCCAGUGUUCAAGGUGCGUCCAUUCGCCAUUCACGAGAUUGCCUCCUUCCCAAUCCAGGUCUCAUUCAAGUCUGCCUCAAGCGACCAGAACCUCGCCGUUUUCAACGCCACCUCCCCAUUGCCCUCUGCCAAGCCAAUCCGUUUCUCAUUCCCCGUCACCAAGGCUGAGCCAUUCCAGCUGGUCGUCAGCACCACCUACGGCACCCUCCAGACCAUCACCGUCAACAACGUGCCAGCCUUCACCAACAAGUCCACCGUCAAGGCAAGAGUCUGGUUGGACGUCCACGGAAUCUUCCAUCUCGAUGAGGUCAAGCUCGUUGAGACUUUGCCAGAGGAGGCCGAGACACCAAAGGAGGACGUCAAGAUGACCGACGCCGCCCCAGCUGAGGGAGAGGAGAAGAAGGACGAGGCCAAGAAGGAGGAGCCAAAGAAGGUCAAGGUCAGAGAGACUGCCCUGGAGUACCAGGUCAACAUCCCAAUGAACAACCUCGCUGACUUGCAGAAGGAGAUCGAGGAGGAGGGACGCAUGCACGCCACCGACGUCCUCGCCACCGAGACCGCCGACAAGAAGAACGCAGUCGAGAGCUAUAUUUACGAUAUGAGAGCCAAGCUCAACGGAGAACUGAAGGAGUACGCCACCGCUGAGGAGUCGUCCCUGCUGACAUCCAUGCUGACAAACGCCGAGGACUGGCUGUACGCAGACGGCGAGGACGCCACCAAGUCAGUGUACGUCGCCAAGUUUGAGGAGUUGGACAACGUUGGAGGACCCAUCAUCAAGCGUCGCGGUGAACGUGAGGCCUACCCAGAGGUGGUCAGGCGUCUGCGUGACGCCGCCAGCUUCUACAAGAACGAAGCCUUCACCCCAGUCGAGAAGUACGAGCACAUCGCCAAGGAGGACAAGGAGAGGAUCAUCAACGAGGCCGACCAGUUGGUGGCCUGGGUCGACCAGCUGGUCACCAAGCAAGGGUCCUUGCCAAAGACUGCCGCAUGCAUUGUCAACGUCACCGAUGUCAACACCAAGAUCAAGCAGUUUGAGUACAUGGCCAAGACCAUCCUGAACAAGCCAAAGCCCGCCCCACCCAAGGUUGAGACACCAAAGGCUGAGCCAGCCCAACCACAGACUCCACCACCCCAGACUGAGACUCCACCACCCGCCACCGAGGAGUCUGCCGAACCAGCACCAGCCGCUGCCAAGGAUGCCAACAUGGAUCUCGACUAA